GCAAUGACAUUUUUGACAAAGCGCAUGUUUUUGACGUGUGCUCAAUUUGAAAAAAAUCCAAGAACUUUUCUGUUUGUAAUUUUAGAAAUGAGUUCAAUAAGAUUAUUUUAGAAGAAAUCCCUAAUAAAUUUCAAAAUGAGUGCUACUCCAUCUAUAGCCGGCUUAACAAACCGCAGCUUAUUUCGAAUUCAACUGCAGGAACCGUACCAGGAGAUAAUACUCAGGGAUGAGACGACUCCUAACAUACGAAGUGUUACAUUUAGUCCGAAAGGCACCUACUUAGCUUACAGGACUGAUAGAAAGGCAGAGAUUGUAAAAUGUGCCGAUUGGUCAGUAGCGGCAACCAUUGAUGGGAACUACAAAGACAUGUUCUUCUCACCUUUAGACAACUACUUCCUUGUAUGGGAAAUGUUUGCCAUGACAAAGGAUAACCCUCAGGGAAAACCAAAUCUACAUGUGUUCCGGUCAUCAAAUGGAGAAAAAAUUGCAUCCUUUGUUCAGAAAAAUCAGAUUGGAUGGGAACCAAAAUGGUCUUCAGAUGAAAAAUUCUUUGCAAUGCAGCAGAACAACCGAGUGCUCAUAUAUGAAGAUGUAAAGCUUGACCGAUACAUAGAGUACAUCCAAGCAGAGAAGUUACAAUCCUUCAGCAUAUCGCCCAGUAUAGCGCCGGCAUACUACUUUUCGAUAUUUACUUUAGGUACAUCAGGACAGCCGUCAUUUUGGCGCGUGUUCAAAUAUCCAGACUUCGAUGCAUCUCAAGCUGUGGUGAGCAGAUCAUCGUUUCAAGCCGACAAAGCUGCCUUCCAUUGGAACAGGCGGGGGACCAAUGUAUUCGCUUUGACACAAACAGAGGUUGACAAAACAGGUGGCUCCUAUUAUGGAAAGCAAUCAUUAUCCUAUGGUGACGUGAAGGGCACUGCUGGCAACAUGACAUUCAGUAAGGAAGGGCCAAUCCACGCGUUGGCAUGGAACCCCGGCAGCUGGAACGAGUGGGUGGCGGUGUACGGUCACGCACCCGCCAAGGCCACGCUCUUCAACGCCAAGUGCGACCCGCUCUUCGAGUUCGGCACUGGCGCGUGGAACGCUAUCUACUUUCCGCCCGAGGGGAAUAUCGUGCUCCUCGGUGGCUUCGGCAACAUAGCGACCGGACAUAUAUCGGUGUGGGACUUGCGCGGGUACAAGAAACUGGGCGAGUGCAGUGCGCCCGACACCACCAGCCUGCAGUGGGACCCGCGCGGCGAGACCUUCGUCACCGCCACCACCUACCCCAGGCUCACUGUCGGCAACGGAUACAAAAUAUGGCAUUAUUCUGGUGCCCUCAUGCACAAGCGAGUCUGCGGCGAGAAAGAGAACCUCCUCUCAAUAAGCUGGCAACCCGGCACGUACCCCAAGACUGAGCUAUCAAAGAGUGCGCCCAAAGGCAUAGAAGACGCCACCCCUAAAGCGACGGGAGCGUACCGGCCGCCCGGCGCGAGGAACAGACCGUCUACCUUCACUUUGCACGAACAUGAGAUGCCACACCGACCGGGACAGACUGUUGAUGCUGCGCCAUCGAAGCAAGCACUGAAGCAGAAGGAGAAGCGCUCGGCCCGCAAGGCGCGCAAGGCGGACGAGCGCGGCGACGAGUCCCCCGCGCCGCCCGCCGCCACGCGCGCGCCUUUCGUCUCCACCGGCGACCCGGAGAAAGACAAGAAGAUUAAGAAUCUUAAUAAGAAACUAAGCGACAUAGAGAAGUUGAAACAACAGAAAGCUGCCGGCAAGCAACUAGAACUGAACCAACAGGCCAAGAUUGACAACGAAGCUGCGCUUUUACAAGAAUUAGCACAACUUAAAUUAUGAUCCCUUUAACUAUAAGAACAAAUGAGAAUUAUAUAUAAAAAAAAACAUGACUGCUAAAAAUUGCGAGAGUUUAGGCCUAAACUGCGCUUACGACAUAUAUCGUGAAGACAAAAUGACAUAGUGUUGAUCAAUAGCGGCGGAUCGAAGAUAUCGCUUUCUUUCGUCGCUAUCGCAUCGGAGUAACAGAAGAUCAGUAUUAGAAACGACCUUCACCUAUUUGUUUAAUAGAUGAAAAGUGUUUUAUAUCUAUAAUAAUAUGCUGAAAAGUUUGUUUGUUUGAUUGAACGCGCUAAUCUCAGGAACUACUAGUCCGAUUUGAAAAAUUCUUUCAGAGUUAGAUAGCCCAUUUAUCGAGAAAGGCUAUAGGCUAUAUAUUAUCUCCGUAUUCCUACGGGAAUGGGAACCGGGUGCAACCGUGCGGCGUCAGCUAGUCAAUUAUAGUAUGUUGAAAAAUAUGUUGUGAGUAGGUUGCUUAAAAAUCCCCUGGAAAAAAAUAUUAUUAACCAUUUAUAUUAUCUAUCGUUAACUAUCGUUAAUGUUUGGCUAAGAAAUUUUUAGUCAACCUUUGAAAACAUUUUCAUCCAUUAAACAGAUGGGUGAAGGUCAUUUUUAAUACGGAUCUUACACUACAAUUAAAAAACAAUAUUUCCGAUUCGCUCGCUAUUGGUCGACUAUUCUCUUCACAAGAUGACGCAUCUUACGUAUAAUAAAGAAACAUAAUCAUACCCCAAGAUAAUACUCGUUUUUGGCAGUCUUGUUUAUAUAAUGUAUAUUUAUAUACACUAUGUAUGUUAAGUAAAUGAAAACAUUAUAUUAUUA